CUACACGUGCGCUGCCGUCAAAAUUCAUGUUCAAAAGCCGCGUGGUGGUGCAUGCCGCCUAUUGCCGGUGGAUAUCAGUGGUAGUUGCGCUCGUUCCUGUGCUGUAGGCGUCAGUAACCUGCCUAUCUGAGCUAGAAUCGGCGAAUGUAGAGAAUUUCACAGUGCGCCCGGUGUGCAUUGCUGUGCUCUUCCAAGUUCCAUGCUCAGGCAGUAUCCGCAACUGGAAUCCAGCGUCCAACUGAGCGCAGCGCGGACCGGUGUGCCGGGACAGGAGCUUCUGCAAAGCAGCAGUGGGUACCCCCAGCAGUGGCUUGUGAUUGCCGUUAUCACUACAGCAGUAUUAGUCUGAAUUUGGAGACGAGCUUGCUAUCACACUCUCCAAAGUCCUGGCAGCCCAGGCCAAGCUCGGCAAGUCCACUAUCCCCCAGUGCACCCAACUGAUCAUCUUGGACAUUUUGGAAUAAAGAGAACCCCAUUAGAAUGAGCAAAUACGAUGUCCAGUUUUUUUGUAAUAGAAUUCCACUGACUUUUUGCUGACACUUGUAAGAUAGACUUUGCUAGCGCUAGCGGCUAUCCGGUAGCAGUUUGAACCCCCGAUUGUCAGUCGAAUCGUAACGUGGUGUGUCAUUUUGUCAAUGGCAGACGAUGAGCUUCUGGACCGCUCGUCGCUGCGGCAGCUGUUUGAUGCCUGCGACCCAUCCGGCAGUGGAUUCAUCUCCAAGCAGAGCUUGCUGGAUGGAUGUCAGAGGCUGCAUUUGGACGAUCUAACUGCCCAGGACGUGGACGUUCUGUUUUCUAAACUGGCUACGAACGAGGAUGGUGACAGUGGAAAGGUUAGCUUUGAGGCGUUUGUAGAGCAGUUCGCUGCUUGGGCAGCAGACCAGCAAUCCUGCCGAGCUGACGAUGGCCAUGAUGAGCUGGACGGCGCUGCUGUGGAGGCUGCGUCACGCCAUCAUAACCAUCAUCAGAAGGCCGAGGAAUCAUUCGAAGGUGUAUCGCACGGCCCACCGUCAUCAGCACACCCGCAUGACUCCUCACACGGCGCUGCUCCACAGCAGGCUCUGUCGGAAUCUGACCUCGACGAAUUGGUACGUCGUUUCGAUGCGGACACGAGCGGCGUGUCAUUACGCAACGCUCUAGUGAGCCGAUGGCAACUAACUGAUUCAGAGGCCAAUACCAUCACCAGUGCACUGAACAUACACAUGAGUGAGGCGAACAUCAAGCAAGUCAUUGGGCAGUCUCUGCUUGAGUUUGGUAUUGGCGUUCCCCAAGCAGUUGUAGUGCAACCAGCCGACCUAGCUCCUGUGAUCUUAGUGGAUAAAGCUGGUGACUCGCCCAUUCUGCACAGACCAUCUUAUGAUGUAUCUCCAAGUGCAUCGCCUAAUCUUAUGCGUCGCGGGAGCAUACGUGCACGAAGUGGGAGCUUCCGCGGUGGGGUUCGUCCAGCAGUCGCCAGGAACGUAACAUUAGAUGAAGCUAGCAUUGGAGACUUGAAAUAUCAUGGAGAGGUGCGGCAGCUAUGGGAAAACAUGAAGGCCAGUCAGCCGGAACUGCUCGAUGGCUUUGCAAGCUUCUUAGAUGGGAUAUCACAGCAACUACAAGAUGCUGAGCGCCAGAAGGAGCAGCUGAAGACGGAUUUGGCAAGGGAGACACGGGACUUGGAUCAACGAGCAAUGCAGCUGGACGAGGAAGCUACGCAGCAGAUUGAAGUGGCUAAAGCAAAGGCGAAGGAAGAGGAGCAUAAGAGAUUACGCCAUGUCAGGGAAAACCUGUUAAAGGAAGUGCAGGAACGAGACCAGCGCCUGGAGAAUGCAAUGGAGGAUCUCAACUCGCUACAAGGCCAGGUACACAAGCUGAGUGCCAAGGGUAAGACAAUGGAAACACAGUACGAGGAGAUGGAGAAGAUGAAGGCCUCCCUAGAGAAGGCACUGGAAGCCCAGCGUGCAAAGCAUGAAGAGCUUCAGCAGCAGUUAUCCUUCUCCGCUAGCGAACAUGAGUCAUCGUCAAGACCUGUGUCCGCCGGCCCUAACUUGAGUGGAAGUGAACAUGAAAUACUGUCAAGACAUAUCGAAUCAUUGCAUGUACUGAAUAUGAACCUAAGACUUCGGUUGCAGGACCGAGCUGAUGAGCUGGAACUGUCUGGCAAAUUUCAGCGAAGGAUCUCUCCUUGCUAUUCAGUUGAUGGAGAAAGCUCCUACGGUUCCGACCACCGUGCUCAUCAGCAAGCUAUCGGCUCGUCUUCACCAUCUGUAUACCAAACACGAAAAUCGAAAUCAAGGUACACAUCUGACGAGGAUGCCCUAUCAGGGCCCGGCCACCGAACUCACAACUCUCCUUUUGAUCGUUCCGCUCGCCAUCGUCGCUCAGGUUCAUUUCGACGUAGUGGCAAGAGGCAGAGGGGAGCGGGUGCAUCGCCACGCAUUACACCCCGCAGUGGUAUCGGGGAAAGCAAGGCUUCUGCGGCUGCAGAGUUUGGUGAUGAUGAAGGCAGCCCUGUUGAAAACUCUCCGGAAGCACGCCCCAAGCCCCGUGCGGUGGUGGCCAUGAGCUCAGACUCCGAUUCUGACCUGCAAGUUGACGAGAGACAAGAGGUAGCUGCCGGUGCCCAUGUCCAUAAAUCACCCUCACCACGCCGCUCCUCAAAAACAAAGGCAGCGUUCACAGACUCUGAGACUGUACGAACGUCCAAGCAACCUGUCCGGCGUACCAGCCUCUCCCCGGACGACCUUGUCCCGGGGUACAGCCCUGACCACAACUGGUCGUUACCUGGGCAGAACACUCCGAUUGGGAUUAAGAGAGCCAAUGAGGUCUUGCAAGAAACAGUAGCUGGAGCAGACACUGGCCCUUUGGCAAGAAGUACACCGUCGAAUCCAGCUUUGCGAGGAGAGAAGUUGUCCGAUGUACUCGGUGACUCUCCUGCACAUAUCUUCACACCUCCGGUCGAAAUCAAUGUCACAGACGCUGCAGCAGAAGUAACGCCGAGUGUACUGGAAGCAGCAGCUGCAGCGAGCGCAACAGAGCGUGUCAUCCCGCUUGCCAGUGUACAGCCUGUGCAGGAAAAGCAGCACGCUCAUCACCAAGAAAGGCCAGCGGUGAAGGGCCGCAGUUUGUCUAUGCGUGUCAAGUCACGGCACAACCGCACACCAGCAGGCAGCAGGGGCGGUGGUACUGGAGGCCCGCAACCCUGGACUGAAGAAGUCAGUGACCGACUGGACUUGUCCUCAACAAAACCAGUCAACAUGCCGGCUGUGGUACAUCCCAUAAAGUUGAACCCAGCCAAACACUCCACGGUGCAGUUUCCCAUCACAUCUGAUCUUGUCAACGAAGUCGGUGGCGUCACGCCAGACCGUGUUUUCAAGGUAGUCUUCUGCGGUGACUCGGGCGUGGGCAAAACCAGCUACAUUUGGCGUAUCUGCAACCAGGAGGGUGACUUUCAGCCAAGCAGCUUUUCCUCUACAAUAGGUGUGGAGUUUCAAACAAAGUUGCUGGAGAUUGAUGGACAGCAGACUGUACUACAGCUUUGGGAUACUGCCGGUCAAGAACGGUUCCGCUCAUUCACGAAGCAAUACUUCCGCAAGGCAGACGGUGUGAUUGUCAUGUAUGACAUCUGCAGUGACCAGUCCUUCAUGAAUGUGCGCGAAUGGAUUGCCCAAUUGCAGGAGGCUACUGGUGAAAGCACCGCAGUUAUGUUAUUAGGGAACAAAGUGGACCUGGCUGAUGUGCGUCCCAGGCCACGGCGGAAAGUCACCUACUGGCAAGCGCAGCAACUAGCUCAGCAAAGCAACGCUCUGUUUGCUGAGGUCAGUGCAAAGUCUGGCCACAAUAUCAUGGAAACCUGCUACGAGAUGACCAAAAUUCUACUAGCAGCUGAAAAGGAGACGAUGGAUGGCCUGCUGAAGCUGAAUACGAACGAUGAAUCUGCCAAAGAGAAAAAGAAGUCAUGCUGCAUUUGAGGAUGCUGUACCAUAGGCGGUUCAGCAGGCUCUGGUAGCUUGCAACCAGUAGAUAAAUGCCUGGUGCGGUGUCCGUUUGACAUUGAGCUGGGCUCAAGGUCACUGGAGAAGCGUUUGAUAUGUGCCUGGUGGUCAGUGUCUCAGGAAUAAGGAAGCAUCACAUGGCGGUGUAGCUGCAACUAAAGUCAUGACUGUAAUUCUAUGGAAACCUACCAUCGUAGUGUACUGGAGCUGGAGUUGCAUUGCUUACACUCACAACAUGUCUGUUAUAAUAAGAAUUGAUACGUAAACUGACAGAAACUCUAAUCGUAUGGCCAUUACCGCGACUAAUCUUCCUGGUGUUUUUUUUCCAAAAAUAAUUAUUCGUGUAAAUUAUGUUCACCCUGUUUAGAGAACUUGUAAUCAUGUGUAAUGAAGGGGCCCGGAUAUGUGUCAGUGUGCACUGAUGUACACUAGUACGUGUCACAGGUGUGGACAAUGGUCAAUGUUGAUACAAUCACAGGUGAUAGCUACUGUGUUUACUACUGUCACGUGUUGGCUUUACUCUGCUUCAUUUCACUAACCCUACUCGGCGUACUGGCAGACUGUGGCAGUUCCCCAAGUUGCUUUUGUUGACACGCAUUGUAUUUCGCUUUAAUGGAAGUCCGAGCUAAUGUACUUGGCUGUCUCAUGCAAAUUCAACCCCCCUGUUUAUUUAUCAGUAUAAUAGCGGCGUGUUCUGCGACUAUUCA